UUUCUCCCGCCCUUCAUCUCCCUCCUUCUCCGUCGUCGAUUGCGCCACCCCCACUCCCUUUCCCUCCCUCUUUCCCGAACGACCCAACACCCAGCGAUGUAUACCUCAGUCUUCACGAUCUUUACGCUUGGCGCCUCAGCGCUUGCGACGGUUAUCGACACCCGCGGUCUCCAAUCGGAGGCGAAGUGCGACGCCUCGUUCGAGUGGGCAGACAACGCGGCUGGGAACACGCCGUGCUUGCUAACAGCGUAUGUCUGGGGGGCAUGCACUACUAACAACUGGGACGUCCCUGUCCUGACGCCGGGAAAUCAGUAUACAAAUCCAAAUGCGACGACAGCAACUCCCUGCAGCUGUUCCUGGGCAGCAUACAACCUCAUAAGCGCCUGCACGGCGUGCCAGCUAAACGAUGCUGGGAUCCAGACAUGGGCCAGCUAUUCCCAACUCUGUCAGGCCUUCGAAUCAGACGUAUACUUCCCGUCAAACAUACCCCUGCGCGCGGACACGCUGAUCCCGUUCUGGGCAGGCACGAACCCGACGGGAUGGACAGAUGGCAAGUUCAACGUGCAGCAGGCCCAGUUGGUCAGCAAUCAACACAAGCCCGAUUUAGAUCCCUUCAAGCCGCCGCCUGGGCACAAGUCGAAGCCAAUUGGGGCCAUCGUUGGCGGCGUAGUCGGUGGCUGCGUCGUCGUUGCCCUCGCCGUUGUUCUCACCCUGCUCUACCGCCACAAACGGGGACAGAGCAGCGGUGCCACACAGGUGGCGGGCAGCCGUUCAUCAUACUUCUCGCGGCCGACGAUCCACGGCCGCUCGAUGUCAGACCUGUCGGGCAAAUCGAUUAUUUCCUCGCCACACGGGCAGACGAUGUCGAUCUUGACGCGCUCCGGCCAUGGCACUGGCUACCGCCCGGGGACGAUCUACACUACCAACACCCAGGCCCAUACUGGCAGUGUCCACUCGCUGUCGUACUUCAGCACCUCUGGACCGAGCUCCCCGCCCAGCCACACACAACAGCUGCAGUUCGCUGCUAGCCCCGAGGAACGCAUUGAGCCAUAUCCGCUUGGGAUGCCACAUUCGGCACCAGGACCAAGUCAUAAGGGCUCGCAAUCGACGCUUCGCACGGCGUACAACAGCCAGGAGGCGGGCCCGUCUGGAUCGGGGUCCGCGACAGUAACGCCGGGGACACCACCAGCCGGGAUGACCAGUUUCAUGGACAGCGUACCUGAAGGCGAAGAAGCCGACCACGCUCGUGCACGGCAAGCCCAGGAGGCGGAACUCGCCCGCCUCAACAGCGCAUCACCGCCGGCCUACACACCCUACGCCUCGCCGUCUGCCUCGCCCGAGCCACAGCCCAUUGACCCCGCUGUUGCCGCCGCGCGCUUCGGGCACAAGCGGCGCGCAAUGCCUGGUGCAGCAUCGAUUGACUCUACCCGCUCGUUUGACUCGAUGUCUACGUCGAGCUAUGGGCAUGACGGGAGCAUCAGCGCGAUUGACGAGGUUGUAGGUCGUAUGGGGCUUGCAGUGCCGCCCACACCUGGGGGCGCGUCGACAGUCGUCACGGGCGAGAGCGCAGCGAUGGGAAUGGGGGAGCGCCGGCACAAGCCGAGCGUGAGCAACCCAUGA